AUGAAGAAGUUCAAGGCCCUCGCAACGCGUCUCAAAGGGCGCCCCGAAAAGCCCGAAGGGAGCCAGAAUUCAUACAACUCAGGGUCUCAUCAGGAGGUCAGCUCGAGCAAAGCCCAAGAUCAAUAUAUAGCCUCCAUCUUUCCGGAUGGGCUUGAGGUCCUCCAUGAUUGCUCUGACGCAACGUUUGAUAUUUGCUUUAUUCACGGAUUGACCGGAGAUCGCCGAGCAACUUGGACAGCUGAUCGACAGUCAGCGCCAUGGCCGCAGGUGCUGCUCCCGUCACAUAUCAGCGGGGCUCGAAUAUUGACCUAUGGAUAUGAUGCCUAUGCUGUGCGGAAGUCCGUCGCGUCAUCCAAUCGGGUCAUCGACCACGCCACUAAUCUUCUGCACGACUUGGCAGCUGAUAGAUCGUCCUGCAAUGCUUCGUCGAGGCCUCUGGUUUUCAUCGCCCAUAGCCUUGGAGGCCUCGUUUGCAAGAAUGCGAUCCUGUCCUCUCGAAAUAAUCCGGAGUCCCAUCUUCAGAGCAUUUUCCAUUGCACAAAAGCAAUCAUAUUUAUGGGUACGCCCCAUAAGGGGUCUUGGAUUGCUGACUGGGCCCGAAUACCCGCUGCAGCUUUAGGUUGUGUAAAGUCAGCCAACAAGUCCCUGUUUGCCGUGCUUGGAACCGAAAGUCAAUUCCUCGAGUCCCUUCAGAUUGAAUUCCUGGCAAUGGUACGGGGAUUGCGAGAGUCAGGUAGAAGUCUCGAGAUUACUUCCUUUUUUGAAGAGCUGCCUUUACCGCUAGUGGGAAAAGUGGUUGCGAAGGAAUCGGCAACCCUCGACGGCUAUAAUUCUAUCAGCAUUCAUGCCGAUCAUAGCAAUAUGGUGAAAUUCGGGUCGCCACAGGAGAAUGGAUACAAAAGACUUGUUGGAGAACUCCAGAGAUGGAAAUCGCAGCUGAGGUAUGUCCGCAAUGAGCCCUUUGGAGCGAAAGCCUGA